UAGCUACAUAAGUACUCAAACACAAAUUCCCCGAACGAAUACGCAAAUAAACGGAGUUACGUAAACAUUUUUACUAUAACUCAACACUGAUUGAUCAAAAACAUCGUUUAAAUUAGGUACCUAUGCCCUAAAUAAAUCUUCGUCCUAUAUAUCAGUCUAACGAAACAGCGAUGAAAAGCAUACCAUGCGGAACGUCGGCGCGUGAUAUAUUUUUAUGGCUGAACCGUGAAGAUUCAAGAGAAUCAUAAAAUACAUAAAAGAACAGAUAGCUUACGUAUUGGGUGAGUAAUGAACUACCUUUUGGGUCCGAGUCAUUUGACUGCCAUUACAAAUGUAAACAAACUUUAAUUGUGCCGUAAAAAUACUUUUAUUGCUUUUUUAGUAUGAAAAAUAAAGAUAACGAGUUCGGUAUUGUAAUUUAAUUCUGCAUUUUAUGCAAAACGAAUUCUUUGUACAGAAUCUAUAAAAAAAAAUAACAAUAUUUCUAACAUUUCUGUUCAUGACAGUACGCGUAAUUCAGUUAACUUUUUGUUCGGGUUAUUAGGUAGUGUAAGAACUCUGCGACGACAUUUCAUUGCGAUAAUAAUGUGGUCCUUUUAAUGUUUUGCAUUAAUGCUGUUGUUCACUUUGCUUUUCUACUGAUUUACACGUUUAUAGCAGAGACAAAAAAACGCGAAAAUUGGCGUGUAACUGCCAAAACUCAUGCCAACGAUAGAAUUUAUUAAAUUCGUGUACCAACCUAUAUCGUCCCACUGCUGGGCAAAGACCUCUUUCGGGAUAUGGAUCUGGAUGAAGGGUUGGUGAUUUCAGAUUCUAUUGUUUUUAAUCUAGGUCUCCUCACCAUGUUUUAAUUCCCCGUUUGUCAGUGGUGUCUUAGAAUAUUUAAGAAAGUUGGUACAUAGAAAAGCCAGACUUUCAAGAAAAUUAAUAUAAAGGUAACUUCAAGAGAAGGCAAGCAGGUGCUCAUGUCAAUUACUUAAGUUAGGUUUUUUUUCGGAUACGUACACUUAUACUAGCUGUUUUAGCAAACGUCAUACAAAUGAGUUAUAUGGAAUAAAAUUUCAUGAGUAUCGGUCGAGCAGUUUCAAAGGAGUUCAUUUAAAUACCGUGACAUGAGAAUUUCAUACAGAGAUGUUUUGAGUGAAUUUUGAAGUGGAUAAAAACUAGGUCAGAAUUGACGCCAUAAGUCUUGCUCUGGUGAGGUAAAAGCACAGCAGUUGGAAGUUUCGAGAUUUACUUUGCACUUCGUUCCGGAACUACCCGUUUAAUCCAAGAAUUUCUUAGUGGAUAGCUACUACUUAAUUAAAAAGUCAAGUGAUUAACUUUGCCUUUACUGCAUAUUAAAGUUGUUUACAGUAGAACGAUCAGAGCAAAUCAUUAUAACAUUACUUUUUAUGUUAAACCUUAGAUCUGAGUAGUUUUCAGUGUUUUUUAAUUGACUCGGACACUCAGAGCAAGAAAUGCUUGUAGGGAAUCAUUUUAACAUACAAGAUUAUUGAUAUUAAUUACAUUAGGCUUAUCCUGCAAAAUUGUCAUGCGUUGAUCUUUUUUUUUUUAAGAAAACCUUCCUUAAAAAUAAUUAAAGUCAUUAUUUUUCUUUAGUUUCAUGUGUUUAUUGGUCAGUCAUAUUUUACACAGGUUAAGCACAUAUUAUAAAAAUGGUCUCAAUUUUAAAGACGUGACAAUUUUAUUGGAUACUCAGAUCUGUCGUAAAGCUUUAUGGUACAUUUGCCUAAGGAUCAAAGGAUUGACUUUCCUGUUUGAUAAUAAAAGAAUUUAUACGUUUCUGGUAAAAUUACGUGUUGAAUUCGCAGACAACAGUCUGCCGCAAAGAUUGUAUGUAAAAUAGCCGCGUUUUAAAAUUAUCAAUGAAAAAUAGAGAGUCGGACAAAUCAAGAGUCAAAUUUUUUGUGAUUUUCAUUCGGGUGCGCAAAGACACCUAGCAUUCGUGGAUGAUGCAAGCGCUUGACCUAUGCAGGAAUCGAAUCCGAGUUUCAGACAGUUUUUGGCGUGGUGUCUUUCAUAAAUCAGUUGGCUAUACACGCAUUCAAAUUCGAUUGACAUUUCAGUUUAUAUGAUGUAUAUGUAUCAAAGGAUGACUAAUUAAAGCACAAUAAAAAUCUGCCUUAAAUCGCGCAUUUCAAUUUUAUAUACUUUUCAUAUGUAACUACCAUGAAUAGUAUCCAUGACCUUACAAAGCCAACACACUUCGAAAUCCUUAGCUUUACAUGCAAAUCGCUUCGUUUCGCAAAGGUCAUUGCGAAAAAAGGCAAAAAUGGUGUAGACGUGCCCACUGCCCAUGCCUCUGGGUGCGCCAACACGCGAUAUGACGACCGUCACAAUGGAUUUCCCAUGACUCAACUGUUCCCAAGAAAUUCGUAGUACAGACGUACCUACAAUCCUACAAUACUUAUAUUCAUGCAGAAUUGUUAAACUGUUUGCAAGAAUCUGUCAGUCAUACUAACCAAUAAUACUAGGUAGCUUAUUAUUGAUGAACAGUAAAAUCAACCCUAUUCCUUUUGCUUAGAACGCAAUGUCAAAUAAUAAUAUUAGAAUUAAUAGUUUUGACAGUACGUCUUAUUAUCUAAAUAUAUUCGUUUAAUAUGCCUGUAAAUACCACCGAUUAUAUAUUUCUACGUAAUCAAUCUAGGCAAAGUUAACUUUGUAAAAAGGCUGCACGUUUUCAUAUGUUACAUACCGUACCUUUCAAUUCGUUAAUGACGUCACUAUCCGAUGACUGUAGCCUGUUGGGCCAGGAUAUUCGACAGCAGGCUAGGAUUGGAGAAGGAGAGCCGAAGGUCAAGCUCAAUGGCGUGACGUGGGAGAGGGUUUAUGUCCAGCAAUGAACUGAUACGGGCUGAUGAUGAUGAGGAUAUGAUGACACUAGCCAUAACAUCACAUCGGUUAAUGUCGAGGCGAGUUUCGCAUCAUUCCACUCGUUUUUUUUUUAUUUACUCAAAAAAAAACUUGUUUUGAAUUUCAAUCUGCCGGACGGACAUUGAAAAAAACAAUCAACGUCCCCAUUGUUCUCCAUCACAAAAACCUAUGUACAUUGUUUCAGAUUAUCUCGUUGCAAAUCAUCACAGCCUUGAACUCUUACAAUAAACAUUAACAUACAUUUACAUUCAGGCCUACACUGUCCAGUUGUAUACGAAAAGAGGACAAAUAGCUACGUGACGUCACACUGCGGACAAAAUAACUAUCGCUAUGUCCAGUACACACAAAAUGGAAAUAAAACGGGCAUCGAAAUAGGUAUUUAAUGAACGAUGCAAAAUAAAUAUAAGCGUUUUAAUUUAAGCCUAAAAUAUCUGCGUGUCUUUUCGUCAGCAACUACUCGAAUACGAUUGAAAUGGUUUCAUAUAAUAAAAAUUGAAUACGUAAAUAUAUUAGACUGAAAAAAGUGGUACUUAUAAACAACGUGAAUGAUGAUAUGCUAAAGAAAGGAUAGAAGAGAGAGAGACAAAGACAGUAACAUGACUGAAUCAGAUAAACACGUUAUAUUGUACCAUUAAAUAAAAGGGAACGAGACAAAAAGUAGAGAUAUUAAUAUAUCAAAAUGUUUAAAAAUCUAUGUUUAUUUCUAUAUCAAUGUCAUAUGUAUGAUCUACAAAUUAAGUAGACAUGGUUGACCCAUUAAUGUUAAUAAGGCAUACCAUUACUUUCAGUUUGACAUGAACUUCGUUCCACACAGCCAAAACGAAACAAGUAAACAUUUUCCUAGACUUAAUAAAGUUUUUAUCGGAAAGGUCAAGAGCCUUAAAAAGACCUAGUUUAUGAUUCUGUAAUAAUCGGUCUGUUAAUUCACUAAUACUCGGCAUCACGGCAUAGUUCGGUGACCACCAGCGCCCGUCACGCCAUUUCCUUAGUUGGACACCAUGACUGAUCGCCAACCGUUCCGAUCGAUUUGCAUUCGAUCAGAAAAUACGUUUUAGGGAGCGUAUUUUCGAAGGUUGAGAAUUUUAAGCAUUAUUAAAGAAAUUAGAUUAAGACAUAACAAAAGACUAUACUUUAAUAUUAGUUACUAAAAUACUGACUACUGGUAAGAGUACAGAAGUGAGACGGUUCUCUACAACACUGACAAUGAUGAUGCUUUAAAAGGUGUUGCUAGGCCCGUUGAAAUUGGAAUUUAUGAGAAAAUUUUAUAUAAAAGCCGAGCUCCAAACUUGACCCAAUAAACAAAUAUAAGGCAUAAGAAAAUUGAAACGAUAAUGAUGACAUAAAUGAAUUAGCAACAAAUUAAAAAGUUCCAAACUCUAUUUUAAUUUCACGUUACAUUUGCUGCUAAGUUAUCGAUUUUAUAACAUUACAUUCAUUUAUUAUUUGUGAAGGGCACAGUGCACUAGCGUUUGUUUGUGUAACAUAAAUUCGCUUAAUUCAUACAUUUCUUUCGACUUGUAGACAUACCAACGUAGGUUGAGUGCAAAAACCUUAGUACAUUAUAUAAGACAGAUAAAUUUAUAUGAGACAUUCAGCUUACUAAAAGAGAUCGUAGUAUGAAAACGUACGCAUUAAAUUAAAGACGACUCGUGCUAAACUAUGCAUAAAAAAAGUGACGUGACGUGUGACGGAUUUUUUUAUCCAACGCCGAUAAAGAAGUUUCACUUCAACAAUUCUUUGAAUCAUUUCUGUCAACUUUUCCUGUGUACAAAAGCACAAAAAACACUUUUUUGUUUAGUUUAGUGUGACUUUACUGUUCAUGAAAACCUUAGUCAUGUACUUUUCAUAUGACUAGAGAUUUUAUCGUCAACCUUUUUCAAUCUAAGUCACUAUAACCGGAACAAUUGAUAACAGAUAAACAUUUGAACAAUACACAGAAAUGUCAUAACACCAUUUCAUACUUUAGAUAAUUGUCCAUUUACGAAAACACUAAAAUGCAGUUAGAAAUACGUUAUCAGAUUAAACGACCGUGGUCGGUGAGGCCUGCUCAGCUAAAUUUUGUAAUUGGUUUCUCAAUAACGCUUGCGAAACUUCGUCUUAUUUUGCUGUUUUUUAAUGUUCAGGCGGAACUUUUUAUUCGCUGUAAAAUUGACCCUCCGUCGCAUUUUGCGGUUAACUUAUUACGAGUCCAUUAAAAAUUUGAAGGAGGCGCGAGAAAGUGGUUAAUAUUUUUGCUUACAUUUUUUAUUUAAAGAAAAAUGUAUUUUUUAAGGUUGGCUCAGUAAAUUACAGUGUAUUUGAUUAAUGAAAAAUGUAAAUCAGGACCUUGAAUUCGAAAUUAGUUACUUAACAUAAAAUUUUGCAAUAUUAAAUAGCUUUGAGCUAUUUUGGAUGUAAGAAGUAGGUAUAACUAUUACUAUUAUAAAACUAUACGAGUUUUCACAAACAAACCCUUUAAAAUGAAGCAUCGUCAUCAAAACCACGCACCUCAUUUCAUCAUGGACCCUCAAAUUCCGGACGCGGCAAAAACUAACAUUUCAUUAAAGUAACUUAAGUACAAAAAGGGUCGCGUCCCAACGAUAACAAAGCCAGUGUAAACAAAGGUGCACUGAUUGAAUGAGACUAUUUUAGAAGCACUAGUGAGGAAAUAGGCCAAUAACAGCCGAGACUAGACUAUAAAUACUGCAGUGUCAAGGCAGACCGUUGACGCCGGCUUUCCCUCUCAGCCCGCUAUAAAUAUGUGCAGCUUUUAUUUGCACUAUGGAGAUUUAAUUAACAUCUGUGAUUGGAUGGAAAUGUUUCUAGGUUUGCAAGUUGCGGUUGUAGUUUUUGAAUGGGAUUGGAUAAGUUAGUUUUAUUAUAGACUUACUGGUAAAUGGAGUUGCAAAGAAUGCAGAAAAUACACAAUAAUAUUGGAUAUCUGAGUAGUAGAAUUAUGAUAAAGAAGUUGUAUACCUUCGUUGAUAUACAAACUCUAAAGAUCAAAAAACUCUUUAAAAAUCUUACAUAACAAAAGAACAUGACGGAUACAGAAAUGCCAUUCAUUAUUUUAAUAUAAAUUUCACAACAGCAACAAGAAGCAAAAGCACCCACAUGAUUUAUAUUAUUUAAAAAAUUCUAAAAAAAAGUAACCCUACGUUCCAAUAAAAUGCUGUCGAAGACGCGUGGCUUCUUAUCGAGUCUGAUUGAGGUCUCAAAGCAUUUGAACCAGAGGACAGAAUGGACGUUGCUUCGAAAUUAUUCUAAGAAAUGCAGCGGCGAUUGCAGUAAAGCUUUCGUAGAUAUAGCUCCUGACGCUGAUAAAAUUUGUCCCCAAACUAGCGGUAAAAUGAAGAAGAAGAAGGAAGGGAUCUUACACAAGAUCAAACUGAAGGUGAUUGAAGGCGGCACGAACUUUGGAACGCCAUUUCGGCGUCUCGAAUGCAAGCCGAAAGUGUGCGAGGAGAAAUCUCCGCCGAAGGCGCUGCCACCACCGAAAAAGAAAUCGACUCCGAUGCCGGCGCCUCGGCCUGGUGUCCAGGUAUCAGUGCUUGGCGCAGACACGGCCAUAGGCCAGUAUGUCGCGCUUCUGCUCAAGCAAUGUUCCUGUAUUAAAAAGUUACGUCUAUACGAAGCCAAGGACUCUCAGGGUUGUAACCGCGACCUGUGCUCGGUCGUUCAAGACCUCCAGCAUAUCAAUACGAACUGUCUCGUGCAAGCCUUCAGCUGUGCCUGCUAUGAGCUAGAACGAUGCUUACAGAACACUGAUAUAGUCCUUAUGUUGGAGAGCGGCUAUCUCAACGUGGACAUGCCGUUUGAGAAGAGGUUUCAGUACCAAGCGCCGAUCGUCAAGUGUUAUGCUGAUGCUAUCGCCAACGAGUGUCCGAAAGCGUUCAUCAUCGUGUGCGCGACGCCUAUCGAUUGUAUGGUGCCAUUGAUAGCCGAGACAUUAAAAGAAACAGGCUGGUACGAUCCAAAGAAGUUGCUAGGCUCGCUAGCGGUGCCGGAGAUGCGCGCGAGCACGCUGGCUGCGCGUGCGCUGUGCCUGGAGCCGCGCUACACGAGGGUGCCCUGCGUCGGCGGCACGGAGGGAGAGUCACUAGUGCCUCUAUUCUCUAAAGCUGUCGAAUACUUCGACUUUGCUAAGCACAAUGCCAUGAUGAUGACUGACGCGGUGAGGAAUGCCCCAGUGGCUGUGGCGAGGAAUGAUGGCCCUUGCAUGAGGGCUGGAGACCUCAGCGAGGCACAUGCGCUGGCCGGCCUCGUGACGUCAGUCGCACAUGCACUCCUGUGCAAGGACAUUCCGAAAGUCACUGGCUUCGUGGAAACUGACUGUGGUCAAGUUAUAUCUCCAGCUAGAUUUCUCGCAAUGGACGUGCUCCUAAACAAUACCGGCGUUUGCAAGAAGCUCGGCAUGCCAGGCAAGCUGAACAGUAUAGAACUGGAGUUGUUGGACUAUGCUCUAGGCCAAGUGGAAUCCAACAUAAAGAUGAGCAUGGAAUGGUACGACGCACUCAUUAAAUCACAGGUCAUUCAAGGUCAGAUGACGGUGAAAAAAAUGUUUCAGAAACCGAGGCACUACGAUCGCCUGGACGCGUGUGCGAAACAUUUGCAGUGACCGAACUUUUGGUGACCUUGUAUUAGUCUGUAGGCAAACAGUCCAUCGAACAUGUUCAUAUUAACUUGUUUCCUGUCAGUCAAGGCUAGACUGGAAAUGUGUUAAGCAAAGUCCACACUUGUCUCCUUAACCCUGGGCACACUCAUAAUUUACAGUUAUCACGUGUGGAAUGUAUUGCGUUUGUAAUACGUUUUUUGUUGCUGUCUGUGAAAAGUUACAGGUAAUUUUAUAUAAAAGUGUAAACGAAAAAAAUUGUAAAGUUGCAAAAUGCGAAAAUAAAUAGAAGUGGACUUUCUUAGUA